GGCAGGCUUGGGGCCCCAACAACUCAUCAGGGUUGGGAAGGGGGCGAAAAGGCAUGGAUAGAAGUGACAGUCCUUCUCUUUUCAUGCCAUGUUCAACGAAAAACGAUGAUGUGUUACAGGUAAAGUGACAAGAUGAGGAGCAGCAGAUCAAAAGAGGUACCUUUACCAAAUGCAAGGAGCUCACUGAGUAAGGAGGCUGGGCAAGAUAGAACCUCAGUGUGGGAUGCUCGUUCUCAAACCAAGGCUGCACUGAGACACAUUGAAAACAAAUUAGAAGUAGCCCCUACAAGUACAGCUGUGUUUGAUUCUGUCAUGGAGACCAAGAAACCGGCAGCAAGUGCAACCCGAAAAAUCAGCAGAAAAGAUGGUAGAUACCUGGAUGAUCCUUGGGUUGCUGAACCAGCCUCCAAAGCUUUUAAAUCACGGAAAGAGAAAUCCCGUAGUCCUCUCAGAGCUACCACCUUAGAGAGUAAUAUAAAGAAAAACAAUCAUGUGGAAUUCCGUGAACCUUUGGCUUCUUACAGGGAAAUUCAUGGGACCCCCACCAACGUCACUCCAAACCACGCAGAGUCCAAGCAUGUCUAUGUGGCUGGUGAAGAGGACAAGGCUGAGAGUGGGGACCAGAUGAGGAGUGGUCGGGAGGUGUGGAACGGCCCGGUCUGUGACUUUGAGAGCACCCACCCAUCUGUCAUCAGCGAGGCUGUUAUCCGGUUUUUAAAUGAUCAGCCGGCCAUCAAUGCCUUGCAGAAUUCUGAAAGUGGGAUGAAACAGGUCAUUCCAGUGAAGACCGAGGAGGAAGAUGCCCACAGGGCCAGUGGAAAUGAGGACGGCUUGAAGCCCACAGUGAUCAGCAGUGGCCCUGAUACUGAGUCCAAAGCACUUCGGCCUGCGGACUCUUCUCCCUCUUCCACAAGCACGACCAGUUCCCAAAGGCUGGACCUCCUGAAGCGGCGACAGCAUGACGUGAAGCUCGAGCGACUCAAGGAGAGGAUCCGGAAGCAGUGGGAGCACUCACAGGAGGCCAGCGGCCGGGGCCUGAGUCUGGGCCAUGCUGACCAUCCUGUGAUGGUGGUCAGUGUGGACAGCUCAGUGACAGCCAAGGUUAGGAAAGUGGCCACGGCUCCCCCUGCGCCAAUCUACCGAGGGUUCAAUACUUCAGAGACCAAGAUCCGGACACCCGAUGGGAAAGUGUGGCCAGAGGCCGAGUUUCAGAACCUCAGCAGAGAACUAUACCGUGACAUGGCGCUUCAUUUGGCAGAUGAUAGCUCUGUGAAAGAGAAACCUACUGAAAAAAAUAAAGAGAAGAAAAUAGUCAAGCCAGUACGGAAAGUUCAGAAAGUAGCACAGUUAUCAAGUCCAGAAGGCAAAGCAGGUAGCAGUCGUCUGAUAAGUACAUCUUCUUGGCGAGAUGGACAAAAACUAGUUAAGAAGAUUCUAGGACCUGCGCCCAGAGUGGAACCAAAAGAGCGAAGAGCAGCAUCAAGUGACAGAAGUGGAAGAGAAAGAACUGUGAAAUCCGGGGGCCCCAUUGGAAGAGCUGAAUCUGAUCCUCGACUGGAUGUCACAUCCCUGCAUCUUCCACGGGGCUCAGAUCGGUCCAGGAGCAGAGUCCAGGCAGAAAGCAGCGCUAAGAGGGUGGCUUCGUCCCUCCCUGCACAGAAGCCAGAAGAAAACACUGCCUUAAACACAGACUUUCUGCCCGAUGCCAUCCGGGGCAUCCUGGAUGACCUGCAGCUGGAUUCUGCGACCCAGGCACCCAGACAGGAGGGCAUCGAGUCACAGAACCGGCCCCCGGCAGUCUCACUCCAGGCCCCUCCAAGAAGUCACAGCCCUGUGAAGAGAAAACCUGACAAGGUGGCAGCGAGUGACGAGCCCCCUGUGAUUUCCAAAAAGCGCCAUUAUGACUCAGACCAGGUGCGACAGUACAUCAUUCGGCAGCAGGAGGAGAGGAAGAGGAAGCAGAAUGAGGAGAAGAAGGCGCAGAAAGAGGCCACGGAACAGAAGAACAAACGGCUGCAGGAGCUGUACCGCCGGCAGAAGGAAGCCUUUGCCAAAGGCAGGAACUCUGCUGCUGAGCAGGUAGCUUCAUCCCGGCGGCUGCAGGAGACCUAUUCCAAGCUGCUUCAAGAGAAGGCCUUGUUGGAGGAGCCCAGUGUGCAGUGCACAGAGCAGAACACGCAGAUCAGACCAGCGUACCAGCCAUCCGGGGAAUCGGACAAAGAGAACAAAGCACAGGAACGUCCCCCCAGUGCAUCAUCCAGCAGCGACAUGUCCCUGUCUGAACCCCUACAGCCUCUUACAAAACGGGAUGUGAUGGGAUCCACCUGGGUGCAGCCUGAUCGACUGAGCCCCCGAGUCUCCCAGUCCCAGCCACAGUCACAGCCUCUUGUUGGGGCCACAGGAAGUUUGCUCUCUCAACUCUUGAGUUUCGAGCAUGGAGGAAUCUUGCAUCAGGAUGUAGAAUCUCUUUUGCCAACCCGGAAAAUUCCCAACGUGGUUUCUGGGCCUUUGACUUUUACCCCUCAACCCUACAUGACUUCACCAGCUGCUCUUCCCGACGCCUUGCUCAAGCCCAAUGCCAGUCAGUAUAAGAAUAAAUUUGACCGUAUCGAAGCCCUGAAGGCCACAGCGGCCUCAUUGUCCAGCCGGAUUGAGAAUGAAGCCAAGAAGUUAGCCGGGGCCAACAUUAACUAUGGGUCUGUGUGGAGCUCAGAAUAUGUGGGUGGCCCAGUGCCCCAGGAGGACCGGCCCUGGAGCAAGCCUCUGAGCCCACCUGUCAAAGAGGACACCGAAGAUGUGUUCUCUGCCCGGAUCCAGAAGAUGCUGGGCACCUGUAUAUCUCAUGCGACUUUCGAGGAUGACCUUCCUGGCGUGGGCAACCUCAGUGAGUUUAAGAAACUGCCUGAGGUGAUCAGGCCCCACAGUGCCAUAUCAAGUCUCAGAAUCAGGUCUCCUGCGCCCAAACCAGAAGGGCUGCUAGCCCAGCUGUGCAAGAGGCCAGCGGACAGCUCCAGCUUGGAUAUGCAGGUCGCUUCUCCAGACAAGAACAAGCGGUCCCUUGGGUCCAGUACCGAGUCGGUCAGUGAGGGGCUGCUGCUGAGCGAAGGGAGUGUCUUGGAAGAAGAGGGGUGCCUGGCCAGCCGGCCACUUCCAAAGGUGUCAGAUAUCUUAAAAGACAAGGAGUUUUGUGCGGAGGAAAGAAACGCUUAUGAUCCUAUCAAAGAGUUCCAGAAAGAAGCUGAAAAGUUUUUACCACUCUUUGGCCAGCUGAGUGGCAGCAAGCAAAGCACAAGCCCAUGGGAAGAACUGGCCAAGGGAAGCCCUCAUAGUGUCAUUAACAUCUUCACCAAGUCCUACCAACUAUAUGGCAAAGGCUUUGAAGACAGGCUGGAGAGAGGAGCGCCGGGGUCUCCCCGACCUUUGACUGCCGUUCCUGGCCCUUUGAGCAGUGCUUCCUAUGAAGAUGAUUUUGUAUCCUCCUCAGGGAAUGGGACUUUGACAGACCGGAAAUCAACUCUUGAGCCUAACAGCACAGGUGUCCAGGAGGAUCAUUCUAGCAGAAUGUCUACCGACGUCACCUCCCUGCGUUCCUCGGGGUCCCAGUCAGCUGCAUCCUCACCAUCUUCUUCCUCUUCGAAAGGGAAGAAAGGGAGGAAGGACAAGAUGGAGUGGCUGGACUCACUGUCUGGAAGUGCCCACAGUUCCCUUCUGGACGAGGACAGGCUGCACUUGGGCUCAGAAUGUGGCUCUCACCAGGGAAAGACUUCAGGCAGCAGCACCAGGCUCCCUGCUAAAGACCUCGAGCAGAAUCUCGACUUAGAUAACACUUUGGAGGAUCUUUCUGGGCACUCUGUGAGCGUGUCAUCAGACAAGGGAAGAGCUCAGAAAACUCCAACUUCUCCCCUGUCUCCAAGCUCCCAGAAAUUACUGCAUUUUGACCUCCCAGGAACUUCACAAGAAAGAUCCAAGUCUUCGGUGAUGCUGCCUUCAGCCCCCACAACACUCGGCCCAGGUGCCACCUUCCCAGAUCUGGCUGGCAGCAGGCCGACAUCAGAGCGGGCAGCGUCACCAGGUUCUCGGCGCUUCUCUCCCACUGGCCUCCAGCACCGGCUGACAGCCGAACUUAGUUAUCUGAGCGCCAUUGAGGAGUCGGUACGCCAGCUGGCCGACGUGGAAAGGGUUCGCGGCAUCUCCUUGGCUCAACAGGAGAGUGUGUCCUUGGCUCAAAUCAUAAAGGCUCAGCAGCAGCGCCAUGAGAGGGACCUGGCCCUGCUGAAGUUGAAGGCCGAGCAAGAGGCUCUGGAAUGCCAACGACAGUUAGAGGAGACUCGGAACAGAGCAGCCCAGGUCCACUCAGAGCCCUUACAGCAGACAAUGAAGUCCCAGAAGGAUGUCACUGAGGUACUGCAAGAGGCGACCAGCAGGGUGGCAGUGCAGCACAGUGAGGCAACUCAACUCCCCUCCAACACAGCCCGCCAGAUGGAAGAGCUGACACGAACUCAUAUCACAGGCACCAUUGGUGCCACUGGAGCACCCCUGGCAGCACUGUACGACCCCCCACGGCUACCCUCAUCUGACCUCGUGAAGCAGCUUCGGAGCAGAGCUGAGACUGAUAGGAAGAAUCAGUCUGCUUCUCUGGCUCAGAGUAAGGACAUUUCCAUUGCCCUGAAGCAUCACAAGUACUCCCCCUCAUAUGCCAGCUAUUCCGAGUCGUCGAGACAUAGGCACCGUGAUCGAAGAAGUAGUAGUGGCAGCAGCCAUCAGGAGAGCCCGUCAGUUCUGUCUUCGAAGGAUGGAGAGCAGAGACUUCUUGGUGAAAAGCCUGAGAGUUCCAUUGAUGAUCAGGCUCCAAUAGCUGCUGAUGACUCACUGCGAAGUGACAGCGUCCCAUCCCUUCCUGAUGACAAAGAUUCAACUUCGAUCGCCACAGAGUAUUCCCUGAAAUUUGAUGAGUCCAUGACAGAAGAUGAAAUUGAAGAAAAAUCGUUUCGGUCUUUAUUACCGUCUGAGAGUCACCGCCGGUUUAACAUGGAGAGAAAGCGAGGCCAGCAUGAUGACUCGGAUGAAGACACUUCCCCAGAAAAGACCACCCCAGCUUCUUCCAAGGAGCUGAGCAUGCCCUUCUCAGGGGGACAAGACAGCUUUUCUAAAUUUACUAUGGAGAUGGUCCGACAGUACAUGAAAGAAGAAGAGAUGAGGGCGGCUCACCAGUCUUCACUCCUGCGGCUUCGAGAGAAGGCCUUGAAGGAAAAAACAAAGGCUGAGCUGGCUUGGCUAGAACAUCAGAAAAAACAUCUCCGAGACAAAGGAGAAGAUGACAAGAUGCCUCCGCUUCGGAAGAAGCAGCGGGGCUUGCUCUUAAAGCUGCAGCAAGAAAAGGCAGAAAUCAAGCGUCUGCAGGAAGCCAGCAAGGCAGCUCGGAAGGAAAGGCAGCUGCUCCUGAGGCAACAGGAAGAGAUUGAGAGGAUUCGUCAGACUACUGUGAAAUUACAAGAGAAGUUGAAGUCCGCGGGGGACAGCAAAUUGGAAUCUCCUAGCGAUGAUGAAGGUCGAGGUGACAGAGCUGCCAGCCCAGGGCCCACAUAUCUGGAAACCCGAAGCCCGUCCCCCAUCUCCAUCUCCAGCAGCGAGACCAGCAGCAUCAUGCAGAAGCUUAAGAAAAUGAGGAGCCGCAUGGACGAAAAAUAUUUGACCAAGCGUGAGAAGAAGCUGAUGCAGCGGCGCCAACAUGCCGAGGAGCUGCUUGAAUGGAAGCGGCGCCUGGACGCAGAGGAAGCAGAAAUUCGGCAGAUGGAGAAGCAGGCCCUGGCAGCCUGGGACAAAGACUUAGUCCCACCAAAAACACCCAAGAAGGAGCUGGAGGAACAUUUGAUAACUGAACAGAAAGAAGCAGUGGGGGAAGCCGAGUCACCAUUCCUGCCCUCUUCUCACCAGCUCAGUGAAAGCCCAACAAUCCCCGAGGAGCUGGGCAGCCCCGCGGUAGAGUCCCUCCCUUCCCUCCCCUCUGAGUCAGCUGCCACCUUGCAGCACACAGGCCCCGACCACAGCCUUACUGACGAACUGAGGUUCACACAGGAGCUCGAGUCUUCUACCUCUCUGAGUAAACGCUCACCUCCCAAAAGCUGCACAUCUUUAUCCAAGCAGGAAUUGAGCAAAGGAAGCCACAGGAACGGAAGCCUAGGCCACCUGCCUGUCACGGCUCAUCAACACUCAUGCAGCUGGUCGGAUGAGUCCUUGUCUGUGACACAGUCAGAAACUACCUCUGACCAGAGUGAUAUCGAAGGUCGGAUUCGUGCUCUCAAGGAUGAGCUUCGGAAGAGGAAAUCAGUGGUGGAGCAGCUGAAAAAAGAGCAGAAGAAGAGACAGAAGGAAAGGCUGAGAGCUCAGGAGGCCAGUCUGAUCAAGCAGCUGGAGUCAUAUGAUGAGUUCAUUAAGAAAACUGAAGCUGAGCUCAGUCGUGAUUUGGAAACAUCCCCAACUGCCAAGCCUCAGAUUAAAACGCUCUCUGCUGCUACGGAAAAACCCAGGAUUAAGCCUCUUUCACUACACAGAUCGGAAACAGCCAGAACAUGGAAGUCCCUGACAGAGUCAGAGCGAUCCAGAGGGUCCUUGGAGUCUAUUUCUGAGCAAGUUGAUGUUGCUGUGGCAAAUGCUGAGAGAUCAUCAUCAGAAAAGUCUCUGUCUGCCUAUGCAAAGAGAAUGGUUGACUCGGACAUUCGGGCAGAAGAGCGUUUUCAGGCAUCAUCUCCAAUUCUCAGAGCAUCAAGGAAAAUCAGAGCAGACUCUGGAGAUUCUCUAGAAAAUGUCCCUUCAUUCUCUUGUCUUAAAGACUUGAAGGUGCUAAGUCGAAUUCUGGAUGGAUCUGAUGGCAUUUUAGAAGUAACGAGUGAGAAGUCAGAGCUACAAGAAGUGUCCGUAGCAAGUCUGGAGGAGGAUGCAAGUGAAAGGACAUGCUCGAGGCGAUCCAGGGAGGCAGGUGCCCUCGCGAAACUGGAGUUGGAACAAGGAAAGGCAUGGGAACUUCUUCCCCAGGACCCUGUAGAGUCUAGAGGUGUCUCCAAAGACUCGAUCAGAUUAGCCCUCGAGAGUCUUUAUAAAAAGGAGUUGAAGGACAGGCAGUCGAAUGAGGAAUUGGACCAGAGUCCACGCAUCUGCUCAGAAAAAGAUGUUUCUGAGCAAAAAGGUGUGCGGGAAAGGGACCCCCUCUUGUCCAAGCCUCUUUUUGCUCCCAAAGAGCUGUCCUACUCUGAAGAUUUUGAAGCAUCUUCUUUCAAGAAAGAAAUUACCACCAACUUGUCUGAAGAUGACCUGGUCACAUCCCCUUCGGUACAGCCGAAGCAGGAUACUCAGUUUUGGCGAGAUCGGUCACAGCCCACCAGGAGCUCUGGAAGUCGAGCUCUGAGCUUUGGGAGUGAUGAUGAGAUCAGCGAGUGCCUGAGCAAGCAGAGCCCCUCGGUCCCCAGCAGCGCCUACUCCGAACAGCUGCUAGACCUCAGGUCUCCCACGGAGUUGCUGAGGAACGCUGAGCGCAGUGAUGUGGGGCCUGAGCCGAGCAUUCCUGGGACUCCUGCUGACAAUGAGCUGCGUGAUUUCCACAUUGGCGAUCGGGUAUUAAUUGGCAAUGUUCAGCCAGGAACCCUUCGAUUCAAGGGUCAGACAAGCUUCGCUGAAGGCUUUUGGGCUGGGGUCGAGUUGGAUCAGCCAGCAGGGAAUAACAAUGGCACAUACAGUGGUGUCGUCUACUUUGUGUGCAAAGAGAAGCACGGGAUUUUUGCUCCUCCUCAGAAAAUAUCGCAUAUUCCAGAACACUUGGACGACUAUGCAGAUGUGCCCGAAGAUGAAGACGUGGCCUCAGGGGAGCUAGAGCAGUCCCGUGACCAAGACCAAAAAGCCAAAGAGGAUCCCCAGUUGCAGAGAGAAAAGGAUGCGAGUGAAGAUCUUUAUGAGAACUCCCUCCCGAGUAUGCAUGAGGCAGACACCUCGCUGGACACUAGCCUUAAGCUAGAACCAGACAGUAGGCUAGAUGGGGUUUUGGCAGGGCUAGAAGCCUGUGCCCACCAACAGUUGUCACUGGACUCCCUGAUUUCUUCCAAGGAAUGCGGGGACCUUUCUGAUGCCACCGAGAGGAUUUCCACAGCUGCUGAAGAUGAUACCUUAGACAGCACCUUUUCCGACGAACUCAACAAACUGCAGCUCACAAUAGAAAAGGAAGAGGGACCCUGUCCCACUGUUUCUGAAAAGCCUCUGACGCCACUUCUGGACCUGUUGGCAAGAGAAAAGGACCAGUUGGAAGCCCAGCUCCAGUCAUCACAGAGUGAGGGCCAGAAAUGCCAGCCACAGUUGGAGGCCGCCAGCUGCUUGACCGACAGUUUGCUGGAUGCGUUUGUCAAGGACACAGUCAGCCAGUUCCAGCAGAUCCAAAAAGCACGGCAGGAGAAGAUACAGCUCAGCAACCGGGAGCUUUUCCAGGGCCACCAGGUUAAAGUUCUAUCUCCAGACCUAACCCCACACCUAGAGGCUCAGCCCCCUGCCAUUCCCGACGGCUACUUGAGAUCAGAGUUGGAAGAUGAGAAAGAGGAGAUGUCCUCACCGGACCUGUACCCCAGGCCUGAAAGUCCAGUGUUUGGCGCCAGCGGUCAGGAAGAACUUGCUAAGAGACUUGCUGAGCUUGAGAUCAGCCGUGAGUUCCUGAGUGUGUUAGGGGAUGAGCAGGACUGGUUUGAAGAGGACUUCGGCCUGAGCUCUAACCACAAGAUCCCCAAAAACAAGGUUGAAGAAACCAUUGUACCUCUGAUGGCAGAACCUAAGAGAGAGCCCCCACCACCCUGUGAAACACUAUUGGCAGUUCCACACACUGCAGAAGAAGUACAAGUCCUUGUGCAUAAUGCGGCUGAGGAACUGUGGAAGUGGAGGGAGUCAGGUCACAAUGUUCAUGACACAAGCUUUCCUGCAGACCUGCCUGGCGAUUCAGGGAAAGAUCUCGAUCUAGAAAGUACCAGUAAGAGAGUCUAUAAGCAGGCGGUUUUUGAUUUAACAAAAGAGAUUUUUGAGGAAAUAUUUGCUGAGGAUCCAAACUUGAACCAGCCUGUCUGGAUGAAGCCAUCCAGGAUCAACUCAAGUUAUUUCCGUCGCGUGAAAAAUCCAAACAGCCUCGAUGAAAUCAAGAACUUCAUAGCCACUGAAGUACUCAAAUUGUUUAGUCUGAAAAAGGAGCCAAACAAUAAAACUGAUUGGCAGAAAAUGAUGAAGUUUGGGAGGAAAAAGCGAGACCGAGUUGAUCAUAUUCUGGUCCAGGAGCUACAUGAAGAGGAGGCCCAGUGGGUGAACUACGAUGAAGACGAACUGUGCGUGAAGAUGCAGCUCGCUGAGGGCAUCUUCGAGAGCCUUCUCAGAGACACAGUGGACGUGCUGAAUGAGAUCAGUGAGAAGCAGGGAAGGGCACUGCUCGUGUGACUGCUUGCCAAUAAACCGAACCUGAGUGCUAAUGUGAGUCCUGGGCCUUUCUGCCUCCUGAGCCGCAUACCGUCUCCAUCCUAGCAAGCGAGCAAGCAAGCAAGCAAGCAAGCAAGCAAGCAAGAGUGCUGCCGGACCGCUCUCCUGUUCUCAAAGACUUCCGGGCCGGAAUUCACGGGACAGCAUGGUGUGGUCUAACUGGUCUUGCAGCCUUUACCUUGAGAGACUGUCCUCUGGA